CCACGUAGUGUUGAAAAGUAAUGAAAAUUGGAAACGUUGGUUCAGCUGUCGACACCACGUCCUAUAUAUGGAACCAUCAUCUUUCGUCUUUAUCUCUCUCUAAACUAAACUAAACUCAACUCUCCUAUUCUAUUCUAUUCUCUCUUUCAAAAAUGGGCACUGCUACCUGCAUCGAUAUUAUCCUUGCCAUCAUCCUUCCACCUCUCGGUGUCUUCCUCAAGUUUGGCUGCAACGUUGAGUUCUGGAUCUGUUUGAUUCUCACCAUUUUGGGCUAUCUUCCAGGAAUUAUCUAUGCAAUUUAUGCUAUCACUAAGUAAUCUAUAUCUAUCUACAACCUUUUGUGGAUCGUGAAUAGUUUUCAGGGGCGUCAUUGCUGUAUUUCAAUUUAGAUAUGUAUUAGUUUCGUGUAAAAGUUGUUCACUCAUGAUGGACAAAAUUUAUUCUUCUUUUAUUUUAUAACAAUAAUUUCCGUGUCAAUAGAGUUCUUCUCUUGUUUUGCUGUUUUUGACUUCGGUUUUUGUCUUAUGUGAAAAAUGAUACUAUGUGAAGCUUGUGAACAGUCGAUUUGAACUACUAUAUAUUAAUAAAUUUGUUAUCUUAUUCACAAUUCAA